AUGGGUCUCUGUAUUGGCUCUUUAGGCUCGUCAGUAGCAUGCUGCUUUGGUAAUGCAUUUUGUUCACUUUGUUGUGCUGCUUGUCCAUCAUGCAAAGGUUCAACAUCAUCACGUAUUGCUUAUGGUCUUAUUCUUCUUGGCGGCUUAAUAACAUCAUGCAUUAUGUUAAUACCCGGACUUGAAAAAACUUUAGCAAAAAUUCCGGCAUUAUGUUCUGGCGGUUCAAAAUUGGUAAAUAUACCAUCAAUACCGUCAAUACCAUCAAUACCGUCAAUGCCAUCAAUACCAUCAAUUCCAUCAAUACCUUCAAUUGAUUGUUCAAAAAUUGUUGGAUUUUUAGCCGUUUAUCGACUUUCAUUCGGAAUGACGAUAUUCUUUUUUCUUUUAUCACUUAUUAUGAUCAAUGUUAAAACAUCAAGAGAUUUUCGAGCAAAAAUUCAAAAUGGAUUUUGGGCAUUCAAAUUACUAAUACUUAUCGGUUUUGUAAUUGCUGCCUUUUUUAUUCCUAAUGAUGGUUUUGCUCAUGCAUUUAUGGUUAUUGGGUUAAUUGGAGGAUUUAUGUUUAUUCUUGUUCAAUUACUUUUAUCAAUUGAUUUUGUUCAUUCAUGGAAUGAAUCAUGGAUUGAACGUGUCGAAUCUGGCUCAAAAAAACAUCUGUGGGGCUUAUUAUUUUUUACUGCAUUAUUCUAUGGAAUAUCUCUCACUGGCAUCAUACUUUUUUACAUUUAUUAUGCUCCGGAUCGUAGUGUCUGCCGUUUACAUACGUUUUUUAUAUCAUUUAAUUUAUGUUUAUGUUUGAUUUUGUCGAUAAUAUCAAUAUUACCUAAAGUAAAAGAAUAUAAUGCAUCAAUUGGUUUACUUCAAUCAUCGUUCGUUAGUCUUUAUGUUAUUUAUUAUACAUGGUCAGCAAUGAGCAGUAAUCCAGACCCACAGUGCAAUCCAAGUAUUCGUGCAAUAUUCGAUCCAAAAAAUUCAACUUCAACACCAAGUCCUCCUCCAACAAGACAACAAAAUAUAUUUGACCCAAUAACAAUAAUUGGUUUAGUUAUGUUUGGUAUUGCACUUUUCUAUUCGGUUUUUACAACAUCACGUAAUAAUCGUGCAAAUAAAUUAUUUUUAUCAUCAUCAUCACCAGACUUCUCAACUAUAUUGGAUGAUACAUCCAUAGCAGAUACUGGAGCAGCAAUGGAUAACGAUGAAGAGAAAUCUCAUCAACAUGUUUAUGAUGAUGAACGUGGUUCAGUUUCAUAUAAUUAUUCUCUAUUUCAUUUUAUGUUUGUACUUGCGACAUUAUACGCCAUGAUGACGUUAACUAAUUGGUAUCGACCAGCAAAAGAUUUUAGUACAUAUAAUAAUAAUUUGGCAUCACUUUGGGUCAAAAUAGUAUCGAGUUGGAUCUGUGUAGUUUUAUAUAUUUGGACAUGUGUUGCACCGGCUUUAUUUCCUGAUCGAGAUUUUUCAUAA